AUGGACAUGGUUGCCGUGCUUGUAGAGCUCGAGCGGCAAGAGGAGGUUUCCCUUGCUGUCAAGGUGAUUUUGGUUCUCCUUGUACUUUGUGCAUCGCCGUUUGUACCUUCUUUGCGGAUUCCCCUUUCCCUGGAUGUGUAUCUGUACAAGGAUUUAAUUGUUUCCUUGGCCAGAAGGAAGAAGAUGGAUGAUGUCAAGAAACUAUGGGAAGAUAUGAGAAAGGAAGGUUUAUUCCCAGACUCUCAAACGUAUACAAAAGUUAUCCGUGGUUUUCUGCAGAAUGGUUCUCCUGCUGAUGCCAUGAACGUUGUUGAGGAUAUGAAGAAAUCUCCAGAUCCUCCUGAACAGUUGCCGUUUAGAAUAUUACUGAAGGGGCUUUUGCCUCAUCCGUUGUUGAGGAACAAGGUGAAGCCAGAUUUCGAGGAGAAUUUUCCCGACCAGCGUGUUUAUGAUCCUCCUGAGGAGAUUUUCGGAUUGCGAUGA